AUGAUGGGACAAAGAGGAUGCGACCGAACGUGGAUGAAAGGACGGAGUGUUGUGUGCUUGAUCGCUAUGCUUCUGUGCGGUGUGGCAUCGGCUCAAUUAAGAUAUUCCAUUUCUGAGGAAGUUGAAGAAGGAACUGUGGUUGGAAAUGUAGCAAAAGAUUUGGGAUUAGAGAAAAGCACACUAAAAGGCAGGAAAUACCGGAUUGUAACUAGUGCCAUAGAUCCUCUUUUUAAUGUGGAUCAAAACGACGGGAUCCUGUACGCGAGGAGAAAAAUCGACCGGGAAGAGGUUUGCGAGCGGAGCAGUACUUGUACAAUAAAUUUGAAAACGGUGCUAGAAAACCCACUGGAAGUUCAUUAUGUUGCUAUAGAAGUGGUGGAUUUAAAUGACCAUUCUCCCACAUUCCCUGAAAAAGAGACAACACUGGAGAUUUUUGAGUCUGUGCUACCAGGCGUGCGAAUUCCGCUGCAACCCGCACGAGAUCCAGACAGUGGCCCCUUCUCUCUUCAGCAGUAUAAACUUAGCUCUAAUGACCACUUUCGUUUGGAAGUUAAAGACUCAGGAGACGACGGUAAAAUACCUGUACUGAUUGUUCAAAAAUCUUUAGACAGAGAGACUGCAGGAAGCCACACGCUCAUACUAACGGCCAUGGACGGGGGUAAACCUCCGAAAUCGGGUACUAUGAAUAUUCUAGUCAGUGUUUUAGAUGUAAAUGAUAAUGGCCCCAUUUUCUCUAAAGAUGUUUACACAGUGAUGCUUCAUGAAAAUGCUCCGGUAGAUACAACAGUCAUUCAGGUAAACGCAACAGAUUUAGAUGAUGGACCCAACGGGGAUGUGGUUUAUUCGUUUAGCAAUGGCGUGAAUCGUAAAUUCUUUAAGCUUUUUGAUAUUAAUCAGAAAACAGGUGAGAUCAUUGUAAAAGGGUUAAUAGACUAUGAGGAGAGAGACAGAUACGAAAUUGAAAUUCAGGCAUCAGACAAAGGCCUGCCUCCAAUGGCUACACAAAAAAGCGUGAUUAUUAAGAUAGUUGAUGUGAAUGAUAACGCACCUGAUAUAGAGGUUACAUCAUUUUCCAGCUCUAUCCCAGAAGAUUCCAGACCUGGAACUACAGUAGCGCUUAUCAGUGUAAAUGAUUUGGACUCUGGAGUCAAUGGAAAGGUUAUUUGUAGUGUAAUUGAUGAUGUCCCUUUUGUUUUAUCACCAUCUUUACAGGACAAAAUGUAUUCAUUAGUAACCAAGACAACUCUAGACAGAGAGAAACAGUCACAAUAUAUAAUAACAGUAGUUGCAAAAGACUGUGGCCAACCAUCGCUAUCAUCUGAAAACACAAUAAGUGUUACGGUGUCCGAUGUGAAUGACAAUAGUCCAGAGUUUUCACUCAGCCCAUAUACUUUCUAUAUUACUGAAGGGAACAGUCCAGGAGCUUCAGUGUUUUCUGUUAAAGCCUCUGAUCGUGAUGAGAAUGACAAUGCGCGCAUUUCCUAUCAUAUUAUCAGAGAUGGAAGUGAGGAUAAUAAAGUCACUUCAUUUCUAAACAUAAACUCUGAAAAUGGGGAAAUUUUAGCGCUGAAAAGUUUUGAUUUUGAAACGCUGAAAACUUUUCAGUUCCAAGUUGUUGCCUCAGAUUCUGGAACUCCGUCACUAAGUAACAAUGUCACAGUCAACGUCUUCAUCCUGGAUCAGAACGACAAUGCUCCAGUCAUCCUGUAUCCACUCAGCUCCAACGGUUCGGCUCAAGGCGUGGAGGAGAUUCCCCGAAACGUCAACGCAGGACACUUGGUGACUAAAGUCAGAGCCUAUGACGCUGAUAUAGGAUAUAACGGCUGGUUGCUCUUUUCACUGCAGGAAGUUACUGACCACAGUCUCUUUGCUUUGGACCGCUAUACAGGACAGAUCAGAACACUUCGCUCAUUCACAGAGACAGACGAGGCUGAGCAUAAACUACUCAUACUGGUCAAAGACAACGGCAACGUUUCUCUCUCAGCAACAGCUACUGUGAUUGUCAAACUUGUGGAGCCCAAAGAGGCUUUUGCAGCUUCUGAUGUUAAAAGUGCAGCAAAAGAUGAUGAGGACAGUAACGUGAUAUUUUACCUCAUGAUAACUUUGGGCGCAGUUUCUGUACUUUUUCUCGUCAGCAUCAUCGUUCUGAUUGCGAUGCAGUGCUCCAAAUCCACAGACUAUACUUCUAAAUAUUUGCCAGAGACUAAUUAUGAUGGGACACUGUGUCACAGCAUCCAGUACAGAUCGGGAGAGAAGCGGUACAUGCUAGUUGGACCCAGAAUGAGUAUAGGAUCUACCAUAGUUCCGGGUAGCCAUGCAAAUACUCUAGUGCUUCCUGAUAGGAGACGCACAUCUGAAGAGGUAAGAAAGACUUUAUUUAAACAGCUGUUUUGAGAGUAGUUCACAA